ACAAAGUCAAAAUUCUUGGCCAGAUAACGAAACACUCAAAGAUUACAAAGAAUGAAUGGCUAGAGCUACGAUAGAAGCAGAAGUUCGGGUUAUACCGGAAGUUGAGGCUGACACCUCUGAAUGGUGCACGGACGAAAUAACGGUUGUAGGCGGGCAAUUGGCGGCGUUGAAAAUGCCGUCAUGACUUUAAGUCCGAGCAUGCGCGACAGAUAAUCCAAUCUCAUAACGUGCUCCUCAUGUCAUACUAUACAUUUCUCGUGCUGCCUUCACCCUACUUUCGACUGCCAUGAUACAUGGCCUGUCUGCUCUUCGAAGAGCACCUGCGCAACAUGCAACAUCACAAUUGCUGACGUCAACCUUCUCCCCCACGCGACUCUACCAGGCACCACUCGCGCGCCGCCUUCAAACACAGCAAUGGGAGCCUCUACGCCCCCCGAACCCCGCAGACCUACCGAAACCACGACAGCGUAAAAUCAAGCCUCCGUUUACCCGCCGAAAAUGGGUGCGCCGCUUUGCUGUCAUCUCGGCAUUGAUUGGUGCUGGAUGGCUCGCUGACCGGCAAUUCUACGCUUCUUCGAUCACACGCAGUUUGCGCACAUUCAAGACCGGCCUUUUGAUAGGCAUAGACUACAAGAUCAAUUUCCGUGCGCAUCCUCCGCUUGCGAACAGCAUUGAGGAAUUGCAUGCGCGAAAUGCGCAGAGGAUAUUUGAUCUGCUGCGGUACAAUGGCGGACUCUACUUAAAGAUAGGACAGGCAAUCGCUAUGCAGAGCGCGAUAUUACCACCACAAUUCCAGAAGAUGUUCCAGCAAAUGUUCGACGAUGCGCCGCAAAACGAAUGGUGGGAAGUCGAGCAAGUCAUACGAGAGGACUUUGGCAAAAGCGUCGAGGACGUCUUCGGUGUCAGCUUCACACGGGAAGGACAGGACGGUCGGGGUAUAAUGGAGAAGACUGCAAGAGCUAGUGCGAGUGUUGCGCAAGUGCACUGGGCAAGAUUGGCAGACGGAAGGGAGGUGGCCAUCAAGAUCCAGAAGAGAGAGAUUGCGCAGCAGGUAGGAUGGGACCUUUGGGCUUUCAAGGUAGUUUCCAAGGUGUAUACCUGGUGGUUCGGCAUCCCUGUCUACACGCUGGUUCCAUACAUCUCGGAGCGCCUAAUGCUGGAGACCGAUUUCGAGAACGAGGCGGACAAUGCGGUAGAGAUGAAGGGGCUUGUGGCGGGAGAACCGCGACUAAAUGGUCGAGUUUACAUACCCGCAGUGUAUCGCGAGCUUUCAAGCAAGCGUGUCAUGACUGCGGAAUGGAUCGAGGGUGUACGAUUAUGGGAUAAGGAGGGCAUCACACACAGCUGGAAGGGUGGAUGGCGCAGCGGCAGCCCCGGUGCAGGUGGUAACCAGCUACCACCAAUCCCUCGAGACGCUAAGGUCGAUACACAUGCGCCGGAGGACGCCACACAACACGAGUUCUUCAAGCCGGACCGUAGUUCAUGGAGAGGCAACGACGGAAAAGGCGGCCUCGGCGUCUCUCUGAAGACGACCAUGAACACCAUCGUCGAUCUCUUCUCAGCACAAAUGUUUCUCUGGGGCGCGGUACAUUGCGACCCCCAUCCAGGAAACAUUUUCGUCCGCCGCCUCCCCAACGGACAGCCGGAAGUCGUCCUCAUCGAUCAUGGCCUGUAUAUCCGCAUGGAUCCCAAGUUCCGUCUCCAAUACGCGGAAUUCUGGAAGUCGCUCCUCGCCUUUGAUAACGACAAGAUCGAGGAGAUCGUCACUAGCUGGGGCGUGAAGCACGCCGACAUCUUUGCAUCAGCAACGCUCAUGCGUCCGUACGAGGGUGGCGACAAGAGCGUAGCAGGUGUCCUCAAAGCCGAAAUGAAGGGGAAAGAUCAAGCGGAGCGAGCCUUUGAAAUGCAAGCCAAAGGCCGCGACGCCAUCAAGCUUAUACUCGGCGACGACGCAAAAUUCCCCCGUGAACUCCUCUUCAUCGGUCGUAACCUGCGUAUCGUACAAGGUAACAAUCAAUUCCUCGGUUCGCCUGUAAAUCGCAUCAAGAUCACUGGGCUGUGGGCUAGUAGGGCUUUGAUCGAAUCUAAAGAUCUUAGUGUGAGCCAGAGAUGGAAGAACUGGAUCCAGCAUCUGCGCUUCCGGUUCGUGCUUACACUUAGCGAUGCGGUGUUCUUUUGGAGUAAGCUCAAGCAAUUGGUCGGUGUAGGCGGAGGUAUGGAGGAUGAUAUCGAAGCGCACAUGCGUGUCAUGGCGAAGGACUUUGGUGUCGAUCUACAACAUGGUGUCUUUGAGGGCUAGUAGCUGUAUAAUAUGUUUAAUCCCCCUCAUAUACGAGGCAAUGCCUGUUAUGAAUUGUGACGGUAUAGGAUUGGUUGUCCUAGUAUUGUAUGUGCAUGACGAAUCCGUUAAAGAGUUGUUCCAUGUCACUAUCUGCCUGUAUACUACGAACAUAUACUACUUAGCUUCUCAAACUUAGCGAAGCCUAUGAAGCCUACCGGAAAUCAUCAUCUGCUACGGCCUCAUAACAAG